UCCUAUUUUGUGACGGAUUAUGAUCCAACCAUUGAAGAUUCCUACACGAAGCAGUGUGUUAUAGAUGACAGAGCAGCCCGGCUAGAUAUUUUGGAUACAGCAGGACAAGAAGAGUUUGGAGCCAUGAGAGAGCAGUAUAUGAGGACUGGCGAGGGUUUCCUGUUGGUCUUCUCAGUCACAGAUAGAGGCAGGGUCGUACCAGCACUGAAGAGCAGACCCUUGGUUCCUGUUUAGGUCACCGUUUCAUUA